AUGUUUUGUCUACGGUCCGGCCCUAGGUUCAGCUUUCGGCUGAGCCCCAGGAUACAACGGGAUAUCACCACCAGAAUACCGAUACGCCGGAAAACCACAGAAGCUCUGUGUAGUUCUCCAGGCUCAACCAAGAAGUUGCCCUCUGUUGCUCAUAGUGGCCCCUUACGUGCGCCACUUCGUUAUCCUCAGUCAAAGACUCAACCUGGCCAAGGACGAGCGCAUCGCCUAAAACCAAAGCAGAUAGUAAUAUAUCACGCAGGGACUGGAAAGAUCGCCUUUAUUGGCCUGAUGCGAGUCACGACUAUCCUAGUUUUCGUGGUGUCAUGCGCGGUCGUAGCCCCGGCGUUUUAUGCAGCUGAGUUUCCGUGGUAUAUAGCUCCUGCGAUUGUCGUCGGUGGGGCGAUACCUAUGUUAUUUGUCUCGUUUACAGCCGCUCCAUUCGUGAACCAAGUGUACCUUUCCCUACCGACAUUUACCCAGCAAUCCAGAGAACAUCUGCGAGCAUACCUGAACAAGCUACCCCGUAAUGCAACAUUGAAUGUUGAGACUAUGAAGUUCAACUUUUACCCAAAACGAACACUUGUCUCGAUAUCAGACUUGGUACCCCGGAGCUCAAUGCUUCGUCCUGUGAGCUUUAUGAACAUCAAUCCACAACCUAGACCAUGGUGGAAGGGUAAGGAUCAGGUUCUUUUUUUUGCACCUGAGAAAAGCCGGCCUGCAAGGUCAACUUCAAAUUUCCUUCCCGAAAUAUGGGAACAAGUCUUUACCCAAAUUAAGAAUAACCGGAUUCCAUGA